GCAGAUGAAGAAGGGCUUUUUACAUGCAGACCUUCAGACAACAAAGAACUCCCGAGGUUUUUGUUCAAAAUGACGAGGUUUGCGCUUUUCACCUUGUUGGCAUUCUUUGUUGGAAUUUACGGUAACCCUGUUCCUGACUUUGAUGCGGACUGUUCCGAAGGAUCUGGAGACUGUACCCCCGCACCCCCACCAGGAACUUCCGCACCAAGCCCUCCGCCGCCCACUGGAACAUCCGGUCCUCAACCUCCACCUUCACCGUCCUCCUGUGGCGAUCGUCCUAUUUCAAAUGCACGAAUUGUUGGUGGGCAAGAGACAAUUAAGAACAGCAUUCCGUGGCAGGCAAUGUUACGCGGAAACAACGGAGGGCAGUUCUGUGGUGGUUCUCUGAUCCAUAAGCAGUGGGUUCUGACCGCAGCUCACUGUGUCACUGGAUCGCAGCCCGGGCAAUUUAAAAUUUGGUUGGGUGCACAUCGUAAGGAAGUUAGAGAGGACACCACUCAAGAAUUUAAUGUUGUUGACAUUGUACGACAUCCACAGUACAAUGCGAACACUAACGAAAACGACGCUGCUCUCAUCAAACUCAACAGAUUAGCAGUUCUCGGACGUGGUGUGGGGCUCGUCUGUCUAGGAGAUGAUAUUCAUCAUCUCCCCCUGGAUGACCUCACUAACCAGUGUCUGAUAAGCGGAUGGGGAACUCUUAGGAGCGGAGGUCAGCAACCAGAUAAAUUACAAGAAGUGACCGUUCCCUUAGUGUCUCCAAAAGUGUGUCAAAGCGCCUAUGGCAACCUUCACGCCUCCAUGCUUUGUGCCGGUUUUCGCGAAGGUGGUAAAGACAGCUGCCAAGGUGACAGCGGCGGACCAUUGGUGUGCAACUAUAAUGGGAAGCACUACCUCGAGGGGGCUACCAGCUGGGGAGAGGGUUGCGCCCAUGCUGGAAAGUAUGGCGUGUACGCUAAAGUACGUUUUCUGAGGACAUGGAUCGACAACAUUAUCCGUCAGUAAUGGAGCAAUAUCGACACUGAACAGUGUAGAUUAUUGGAAAAGCGGGAAAUUGUAGUGCACAGUAUGUAGGGGGUAACAAGGGUAAACAUGAAUAAAAAGAGCAAUGUGCUAAAAAUUCUUAUCAACUUCUUUGACGAAAACUUUACAUACAGUAAAUCGAACUUUAUGGCAACCUGAGAA